AUGUUUUGUAAGAUGUUAUAUACAUAUUUUGCCUUUCUUGUGCAGCAGUUGAAAGACCAGAACAGGUCCGUCCUUCAUUAGGACUAUCCGGAAAUCGGAACUCAAUGUGUGCAUUAGGGGAGCAGAGCACGUCAACUCCAUUCUUAAAAGAACGUGCAGCAGGUGCAAGACCAGAACAGGUCCAUCCUUCAUCAGGACCAUCGGGAAAUCGGAACUUGGUGGGUGCAUUAGUAGAGCAGAGCUCAUCAGCUUCAUUCAUAAAAGAACGUGCAGAUGGAAUAACUCAACAUCUCUGUCUUUCAUCAGCACCGUCACAAAGUCUCAACUCGGUGGCUGCAUUAGGGAGGCAAAGCUCAUCAGCUCCAUUCUUAAAUGCUCACUCAGCAGUUGAAAGACCAGAACAGGUCCGUCCUUCAUUAGGACUAUCCGGAAAUCGGAACUCAAUGUGUGCAUUAGGGGAGCAGAGCACGUCAACUCCAUUCUUAAAAGAACGUGCAGCAGGUGCAAGACCAGAACAGGUCCAUCCUUCAUCAGGACCAUCGGGAAAUCGGAACUUGGUGGGUGCAUUAGUAGAGCAGAGCUCAUCAGCUUCAUUCAUAAAAGAACGUGCAGAUGGAAUAACUCAACAUCUCUGUCUUUCAUCAGCACCGUCACAAAGUCUCAACUCGGUCGCUGCAUUAGGGAGGCAAAGCUCAUCAGCUCCAUUCUUAAAUGCUCACUCAGCAGUUGAAAGACCAGAACAGGUCCGUCCUUCAUUAGGACUAUCCGGAAAUCGGAACUCAAUGUGUGCAUUAGGGGAGCAGAGCACGUCAACUCCAUUCUUAAAAGAACGUGCAGCAGGUGCAAGACCAGAACAGGUCCAUCCUUCAUCAGGACCAUCGGGAAAUCGGAACUUGGUGGGUGCAUUAGUAGAGCAGAGCUCAUCAGCUUCAUUCAUAAAAGAACGUGCAGAUGGAAUAACUCAACAUCUCUGUCUUUCAUCAGCACCGUCACAAAGUCUCAACUCGGUCGCUGCAUUAGGGAGGCAAAGCUCAUCAGCUCCAUUCUUAAAUGCUCACUCAGCAGUUGAAAGACCAGAACAGGUCCGUCCUUCAUUAGGACUAUCCGGAAAUCGGAACUCAAUGUGUGCAUUAGGGGAGCAGAGCACGUCAACUCCAUUCUUAAAAGAACGUGCAGCAGGUGCAAGACCAGAACAGGUCCAUCCUUCAUCAGGACCAUCGGGAAAUCGGAACUUGGUGGGUGCAUUAGUAGAGCAGAGCUCAUCAGCUUCAUUCAUAAAAGAACGUGCAGAUGGAAUAACUCAACAUCUCUGUCUUUCAUCAGCACCGUCACAAAGUCUCAACUCGGUGGCUGCAUUAGGGAGGCAAAGCUCAUCAGCUCCAUUCUUAAAUGCUCACUCAGCAGUUGAAAGACCAGAACAGGUCCGUCCUUCAUUAGGACUAUCCGGAAAUCGGAACUCAAUGUGUGCAUUAGGGGAGCAGAGCACGUCAACUCCAUUCUUAAAAGAACGUGCAGCAGGUGCAAGACCAGAACAGGUCCAUCCUUCAUCAGGACCAUCGGGAAAUCGGAACUUGGUGGGUGCAUUAGUAGAGCAGAGCUCAUCAGCUUCAUUCAUAAAAGAACGUGCAGAUGGAAUAACUCAACAUCUCUGUCUUUCAUCAGCACCGUCACAAAGUCUCAACUCGGUGGCUGCAUUAGGGAGGCAAAGCUCAUCAGCUCCAUUCUUAAAUGCUCACUCAGUUGAAAGACCAGAACAGGUCCGUCCUUCAUUAGGACUAUCCGGAAAUCGGAACUCAAUGUGUGCAUUAGGGGAGCAGAGCACGUCAACUCCAUUCUUAAAAGAACGUGCAGCAGGUGCAAGACCAGAACAGGUCCAUCCUUCAUCAGGACCAUCGGGAAAUCGGAACUUGGUGGGUGCAUUAUUAGUAGAGCAGAGCUCAUCAGCUUCAUUCAUAAAAGAACGUGCAGAUGGAAUAACUCAACAUCUCUGUCUUUCAUCAGCACCGUCACAAAGUCUCAACUCAGUGGCUGCAUUAGGGAGGCAAAGCUCAUCAGCUCCAUUCUUAAAUGCUCACUCAGCAGUUGAAAGACCAGAACAGGUCCGUCCUUCAUUAGGACUAUCCGGAAAUCGGAACUCAAUGUGUGCAUUAGGGGAGCAGAGCACGUCAACUCCAUUCUUAAAAGAACGUGCAGCAGGUGCAAGACCAGAACAGGUCCAUCCUUCAUCAGGACCAUCGGGAAAUCGGAACUUGGUGGGUGCAUUAGUAGAGCAGAGCUCAUCAGCUUCAUUCAUAAAAGAACGUGCAGAUGGAAUAACUCAACAUCUCUGUCUUUCAUCAGCACCGUCACAAAGUCUCAACUCGGUGGCUGCAUUAGGGAGGCAAAGCUCAUCAGCUCCAUUCUUAAAUGCUCACUCAGCAGUUGAAAGACCAGAACAGGUCCGUCCUUCAUUAGGACUAUCCGGAAAUCGGAACUCAAUGUGUGCAUUAGGGGAGCAGAGCACGUCAACUCCAUUCUUAAAAGAACGUGCAGCAGGUGCAAGACCAGAACAGGUCCAUCCUUCAUCAGGACCAUCGGGAAAUCGGAACUUGGUGGGUGCAUUAGUAGAGCAGAGCUCAUCAGCUUCAUUCAUAAAAGAACGUGCAGGUAAUGGAGUCCAAUUCUCUUUUUAA